UCUUUGUCAAACUAGAGCAGGGAGUAGAACCUCAUCUUUUCAGCUUUAAUUUUGCCGGUGUAUCCGUCCGAAUAUUUCUUAUUACCAGUAAUUGGCUUAAUAUUGAAGGAAAAUGUCGGUACAGACGUUAUUGUUAGAUUUUUCUGUUGAUCCUGCACGAGUUGGGGAUGAGAGCGGUCAAAAAACUGUGUUCGGCCAAUUGGAGACCAUUCUAAAAGAAUAUGUACCAAAUCUUAUAUUAGCUGCUGAUAUAAAGAUCGACGGUGGAUCUUUAAAACUAUUAACUGGGAAAAAAGGGACCACAGUGUCAGUAAGAAUGUUUGAUCGCGGUCUAGUAACUGUAAACAUAGAAUAUUACAAGGAGGACACUGAAGAGCCACUAAUCAGUUUCAAGUCGGCGAGGGUAUUGGAAGGUCAACUGAAAAAGUACAUCACAUUCAUAAAAUCGCAAGCUUACGCUCCGAUAAAAAGGUGCUUGUUUAGCAGGUAUUAUCCGACGUCCGAUGAGAGACUCCUUGAGUAUGACAUUGAUGGAGUGUUAUUUGAUGAACAGUCUCCAUUCCAAAGAGUGCAGAUUGUUCACUCCAAGUCACUUGGUAACAUGUUGGUGUUGGACGACUUACAAAACAUAUCUGAAGCUGAUCUGGUCUACACGGAAACUCUUAUGCAGCGGGGUCGAGAGAAUUAUGAAGGCAAAGAAAUUGUCAUUUUAGGUGGCGGGGAUGGCGCACUUCUAUUCGAGCUGCUGAAAGAGAAGCCCAAGUUCGUGUGGAUGCUGGAAAUCGACGAGACAGUGAUGCGCGCCUGCGACACGCAUCUGCGCUCCAUCUGCGGAGAUGUGCUCGAGCGGAGGAAGGGGAACAACUACGAGAUAAUUGUAGAAGACUGCAUGGUGACAGUGAACAAGUUCAUCAAGGAGAACAAGAAAGUGGACUACAUAUUCGGCGACCUGACCGACAUCCCGAUAUCGGAGUCUGCGUGCGGUGAGCUGUGGGAGUUCAUGAUCACCAUACUGCACUCCGCCUUCCAGAUCCUCAAGCCCACCGGCAAGUUCAUGACGCAUGGUAAUGGAGCAACCUCACGUAAAUCGUUGGAACUAUACGAGCAGGAGCUAGAGAAACUGAAACCACCCGUAAGAUUUACAAAGAGCAAGGCCUUCGUACCUUCCUUCCUAGAGGACUGGAUCUUCUACCAAAUAUCAUUCAAAUCUACCGAUAAUGGGGAUGCUUAACACACCAAACAUGGUAACAAAUGUUCCUCCAUAGUAUUU